AUGAAGCCACCCCUCCGACUGUCCUCGAUGAUGCGAAUCCCCUGCACUUUUAUUUUUACGCACGACUCCAUAGGUGUGGGCGAGGAUGGUCCAACUCAUCAGCCAGUGGAGCACCUGGAUGCGCUGCGGGCACUCCCCGGCAUGAUGGUAUUUCGCCCUUGUGAUGCCAACGAGUGUUUGGAGAUGUGGAAGCACAUCAUGGAGGAGAACAGUCUCGUGCCCGUUGCAGCCAUCCUCUCCCGGCAGUCCCUGCCCACACUCGAUCGCGAGAAGUUUGCAUCGGCAUCUGGCCUCCACAAGGGCGGCUACAAAUUGGCGUGCUCGUCGAACGGCGGAGCUCCCGAUGUGAUUCUCAUGUCCACAGGCAGCGAGGUCCACCUUAUGCUUCAGGCACACGAUGCAUUGACUGCUGUUGGCGUCGAAGUCUGGUCAUUGAGCAUGCCUUCGAUCGAGUUGUUCAAGAGCCAGAAAGGGAACUACAUCGAGAGUGUUCUGCCCAGCAGCUGCAGAGCACGGGUCUCCAUCGAAGCCAGCAAGGGCGACUGCUGGGGAAGCCUCAUUGGGGUGGAUGGAGAACAUGUGGGAAUGAAUGGAUUUGGGGCCUCGGGCCCUAUGGAGAGGAUUCAGAUGGAGAAGGGCUUUACCCUUGAAGCUGUCGUCGAUGCAGCCAGGCGUGUGAUGAAAGAGCAGGCGAACACGAAGCUCCAUGCCAACUCGAAGAAACGUGAAAGGACCUUCGACAGAGAAGAGGCAUCAGCACAUCGGCGAUCAUUUGAGCCAGGUAGCACUAUUUUCUGGCAGCCCAAAGCCUUCUGUCUGCCAGCCGCUGAUUUCGCAGGUGCUUCAGAUUUCGCACUUCUUUGA